GGUUGCCUGUAAUUUCUGAAGAAAAUGUUGUUUUAUUGAAAGAUCUUUUGAGAGCACACACUUCUUCACCACCACAAACAUUAAGAAGUGGCUGCUGCAAAAUUGAAGAAUUAAAGGUAAACCAUGGCAAGAGGUUGCAUGACAGCUUGGAUGCCAUGACUGGUGAAACCAAAGUACCCACUGGAGGACACACAUCUUCUUCUUGUAUAAGCUUACCAACAGGCAAUUCAUCUUAUUUUUGCUUGUUGAUGAAAAAUAUUGAUGUUCUAGAGGAGAUAUUUGAUGAUUCAGAUGUCUUAAGGUUGGAAAAGGAUAUUCUGCUGCAAUUAGGGAAGCUUGGAGCUUUAAAGUUAUUCUAUACUUUUCUAUAUAGGACCCUCAAAUCCUUGAAUGUUUUCUGCUCAUCCAGUCUUCCUACUAAUAUUGGACAGUGUACACAUAAAAGAAACAAGCCGGUGGAUAAUCAUGUGGGUAAAAUUGUUUUUUGUUCUAGAAAAAAUAAAGAAAGAAAAAAGAGAAGAGAAAUGGCAUCAGAAAGUUCCAAGAAGAUUUAUUCACAACUGCAACAAAGUCUCACUGAUUCCUCUCCAAAAGGGGCAUCAAACUCUAGAAAUAGAAGAUCUAUAAAUGCUAGAAAUGAAGCAGAAAUGUUGAAGGGAGUUAAGGUUGUCUUAGGAGUUUAUCAUGUUGAGUGGUUGCAGAAUUGGAGAGAAUCAGAACAGGUUGGAGGAGCAAAUUGGGAGAAUGGGCCAGCUUGAGUUGCUGGGCAGAAGCAGCUGGUGUUAGUGUGAAUGUGCUGCAGCAGCAUUUGCAUUUUGGUUGGUGAUGCAGAGAUGAGUUACUGAGGAGUUCCCGCUCCUUAGUUCUCUAUCUUGCUAGAAACUACAGGGGUUUGGGAAUUGCAUACAAAGAUCUAAUCCUGGUGGGAAAUUUAGGUGUCUUGCAUGGGGCAGAGAGAUUUGAGCACACAAGGGGAUUCAAAUUCUCCACUUAUGUACAGUACUGGAUAAGAAGGUCAAUGGCAAGGAUGGUGGCUCAACAUGCUAGAUGGAUACGACAUCCUUAUGCAUUGAGCAGGGCAAUAAAUAAGAUACAAAAAGCUAGAAAGGCCCUAAGUGUCAGCAAUGGGAAAUUCCUACAGGAUGAUGGAAUUGCAAAGUUCACAGGUCUUCCUCUCGCUAAAAUCAAAUCAGCUAGCAAAUUCAUGAGAAUUGUUGGUUCAGUUGAUGAGAAGGUUGGAGAUUGCUCUGGCGCAAAGUAUUUGGAAGUUUUGCCUGAUACGUCAAUAAAGACCCCAGAAGAAAUGGUGUUGAGGCAACACAUGAUGAAAGAUAUUCAUGAUAUGUUGAAUGGUUUGGGUUCAAGAGAGAGACAAGUCAUGAUCCUAAGGUACAGGCUCAAGGACUUUCAGCCUAUGUCGCUUAACACAUGAUGAAAGAUACUCAUGAUCUGUUGAAUGGUUUGGGUUCAAGAGAGAGACAAGUCAUGAUCCUAAGGUACAGGCUCAAGGACUUUCAGCCUAUGUCGCUUGAGGAGAUCGGAAGGCAUUUCCAGGUGAGCAAAAAAUGGAUUAGGAAGAUAGAAAUGGAAGCCAUGUCAAAACUGAGAGAUGAAGAAACAUGCAGGAACUUAAACCACCAUCUACAUUUGCAGUUAAAUUAUGACUAACUUGCUCCUUGAAUAGGUAACUUGCCAGCAAAGAAACAAAGGAAAUGAAAAUUUGAUGCUGACCCCUGGAAAAUUAGAACACAAAACAACAACACGUGUCAGUUAGCUUAGGCAUUCCAUCCUCUCUUUACCUAUAGAUUGGCUUGUUUCAACUAACUACUUUUCCUUUUCAGUACCUUAGGCAUUAAAGUUGGAAAUGAACUCUAAAAUGGAAAUACAAAAGAUCACUGCUUUGCUUGAAACUUGAUCACUUGUAAACACAGUCAGAAAUCUCACCUUUUGAUGUGAAGUUUGAAUUACAUCUUUUCUAGUAUUAUAGCAAGUUGAUCACUAUGUUUUAUCUAAUCUUGCCAAUAUUUGUACUAGUAACUAGUAAAAAAAUAAAAUACUCAACAAUAU